UGUGAUGUUUGACCUGCAACAAAUUAGCAUUCUGUGUGAAAGGUGUGUGCAGGUGACAUUUCAGUAAUGUGGGGAGCAGCAGGCACUUCCUGCCGCCUGGCCCGAGCUGAACUGUCACGGCCAAUGGCGGCGCAGCGGGGGCGGAGACAGUCGGCACAUUAUAGAUACUCCAGCGUAGUAUCGCGGCCAGCAGCAGACGAGUCUCCAACUCAGUCUGCCGCACCUCAGGAUCCUCUGGUUCAUGGAGUGUACACUUUCCAUCCAAGUGCAACAACUGCUGGGGGUCUUCCCGACGCACUACUACGAGGGCUACAGCGUGGAGUUACAGAUGAAGUCUACAGAGGUGGACCAAGGGCUAUUCACAGACAGCUACUGCAAAGUGUGCAGCGCUCAGCUCAUCUCCGAGUCCCAGAGGGUGGCCCAUUAUGAGAGUCGGAAACACGCCAACAAAGUGCGGCUGUAUUACAUGCUACAUCCUGUGGAUGGAGGCUGCCCGGCCAAGAAGCUCAGAACAGACAAUGGCAGCGAUGAGAGCGACGUGGACAAGAACAAGUGCUGCACGUUGUGCAACAUGUCCUUCACCUCAGCAGUGGUGGCACAGUCUCACUACCAGGGUAAAAUCCACGCUAAGAGGCUCAAACUGCUGCUGGGAGAACAGCCUGCCAUCACAACCAAAGAGGCGUCCCACAGCGAUGUGAAGAACUCCCCAGAAACGUCUCCCAUGAUGUCACCGCGACAGCGCCGCGACUCAGAUCGCUACUGCCAGCUGUGCAACGCCUGGUUCAACAACCCCGGCAUGGCUCAGCAGCAUUACGACGGGAAGAAGCACAAGAAGAACGCCACCAGAGCCGAUCUGCUGGAGCAGCUGGGCCAGACCCUGGACAUGGGGGAAAUGAAAGGCCUGAAGCGGAGCUACACCUGCGAAGUUUGCGGCGUCACGCUCAACUCGGUGGCGCAGUACCACUCGCACCUGCAGGGCUCCAAGCACCAAAACAAUCUGAAGAAUCAGAUAUGUGUCCAGUGAGCGUGGGACGCUGAUGAAAACACCAACUCCUGGAUUGAUGUCAGACAAGCUGUGGUCAGCUUGCCCUGCUUUCUCUGCCUCUGUCCUGCUCAUUCAGCCGCCUUAUCAUCAUUUCAGGUUGUUUUUUUUUAUUAUUAUUUUACUUUUCUCUCUCUUUCUCUUUCUUCUCGCUCUGAGUAUUUCAGCUGCCCAGACCAAGAGGAGUUAUAAAGGAGUGUUUUUUUUAUUAUUAUUAUUAUUAUUUUUAUUUGGAACAACUUUCGCAUGACCAUCUCCACUAUCAAAACAAGAGGAAGCGCUUCGGCCUCCGUCCGCAUCACCAGGCUGCUCUGACCGCUGAGCUCUGACGCUCCGUUGGAAACUCUGUUCGUUUGUUUACUUUUCCGUCUUUCAGUCUGAAAGAAAGCAUCCGGGUGGAUCUUAUGUUCAACAGCUUCUCCAAAAAUGCAUGGACAAAGCUCUACUUUUUUUCAGUAGAACAUCAGAAACUUUAUGCUGAGCUUUGAACUGAGGAAAUGAGGGUUUGUUUGCUACUACUUGAAAGAAAUUAAACAUUUUUAAUUAUACAUUCGAUAUUAAAUAUGGCUUCACCAUCUGUCUUUUUUUUUUUCCCCCCACACAGAAAAGCUUUUACUGGAUGCAGUGCUUUCUUGUCGUAGCCCUAAACCCUUUUGCAGCUUGAGAUAGGUUGAUAGCAAUAAUAACACUGCUCGAACUCUUACUAUUUUGUAAAGUGUAUCUGUCUGUUUACUAUGCUAAGCGAAAGUAGCUUUUCUUUGCAAGACGAUUAGUAUGAUUCUAAAUCCCGGCGUCUGUUCUUUUGUUUUGCUGCUUUUGUUUGUUGGUGGAUCAAUCUGCUAAACGAAGGAUCCACAAAUGUUGGAGCUUUGAGGGACAAUUCUAGAUUUACAACAACCUUCACACCAAGGUGAACCACGUGAGAAUAUUAACCACUUGAUCAGAAUCCUAACACGGGAGAUUAAAGGAUUUGUCAAACAUGCAUGAAAGAAUAAAGGCAACACUCCAGGUAUGUUUUUGCGAGAAAAUAACAUUAACAUGAUGUAAAGCUCACAAAAGUUGCUAUUACAUAACACUGCCUCUUUAAAGCCUCUGGUGACACUGAGAUUAUUGUUACAGUAACAAUAUAACAAUCCGAUACUUGACGCCUUGCAUUAAAUCUGUCUGAGAAAAACAGGAAGUGCCUCAGCUGAGCGUUUCCUGUAUUAUCUUGUUAUAUAGACUUAAAACCACAGAACAAUUAUCUGUCCAAUGAAAUGUUAUGUUAUGAGCAUCUGGUGUUUUGAAACCUUGGGGGCAGUAACGGACUCUGCUGUUGGUUUUUCGGUUUAAUUUUCCUUUCGGCUCACACCCAAAGCCUGGUCAUGAUCAAUAUCAGACCGGUGUAUCUAAACCAAGAUAAAUGAUGAACUUGGUCGCUUUAAGUCCUUUUAAUUCUCGCAAAGUAUUUCAUAUGAUGUCUACCACGUGUUCUGCUCUGGGGGGAUUUGUUUUGCUUUUUAAAGCAAAUUACAUAAUGCUGGUGAAACGCUGUCAGGGCUGCAGGUUUGGGAAAGUCCCAUUUGGACGUCUGAAUAGUGUUCGUCUCAGGGAGGAGCACCCGUUUGCUUUAGGCUCAUAAACGCUGCAGAGAGAGAGAGAAACGGGGAAAAAAGUCAUUUGUACUGAAACCUCUCCCCUUUAAAGCUUUUCAGAAUGUGUAUAUGGCAAGGACUGAACCAUAACUGUCAUGGCUUUGUAAAAUAAUAUUGUUGUGGAUUCCUGUAUGGAAAAUUCAGUCAUAAAACACGCACACACAAAUAUAUACAUAUAUAUAAAAUCCUAAGCUUAUGUAGCACUUUUCUUUCUCAGAUGUCAUGUUAAUAGACAUAUUAAAGCCAGUAUUUGAAUAAUGAGGGUUUUAAGAGAACUAUAAAUGGUAAAUACACUGAUGUUUUGGGUCAAUUUAGGAUAUUAUUGCUAUCUGUUUACAGUAGAAGUCAUUUUAUUCACUGUCAGUUUCAGUGCUGAUCAAAGCGUAGCUUCGACUGUUGUCAUACAAAGUGCUUUUUCUGAACAGACCUCUGAGUUUUGACGUCUGGAAUCACUUGAACACAGAGCUGGACUGUUUUUGUGGAGCGCGGGACUCGGAGCGAACGUCUGAGGAACUGCUGGCUGAUGUCACAGCCGCUGCAAGAGAUCCAAACAGCGACGACUUUAGGACUGAUUUUAAUACGACCAUCAAGAUUUGCACGUGUAAUUUGUUCUUGUGAGGUAGAGGGGGGUGAAUGAUCUGCUUUGCUCAUCUAGCAAUGAUAACUGUUGAUCAGCCAUGUUGUGUUUUUCACAGGUCGCCCAGGAAUCAUAAGCCCCGCCUCCCUUUGUGCGCCGAGUUUGUGUUUUGUUUUUGUCCGAGAAAAGAAUAAAAAACACCUGC